GGGCAGCAGAUCUCGGCGGGAACCCGGAUGUUCGGCUGUUGAACUUUCAAAAAAGGUGGAUGUCAAAAGCAAACGGAGUAAAACAAGCAGAAUUCUUGUAAAUUUUAACAAUAAUUGAGGCUACGGGGGAGUCCGGGGAAUGGCAAAUGAGUUCAGAUCGCCCAGUCCAUAUGAUGGCUCCCCUGGCAGACCAACUACAUACCAGCCGGAGGGUGCCUCAGGGUUUGACAGGUCCCCUUCCUUAGCAUCAUACCAGGAGUAUCCCCCUACAAGACCCUUCAUCAACUAUCCAGAAUAUACCAGAUCACCCAACAAACCUGUGUCGUCCUUUCCUGAGAGUAACAGCAGAGCUGUGAUUUCAGCACUGAAAGGGCUACAGGACAAAAUCAGGAAGCUGGAACUGGAGCGUACUCUUGCUGAGGAUAACCUGCGUUCGCUGGCGUCAGAAACACAACAGUACAAGGAUGCUCUACAGAAGAGAGAGUCUGAAGAAGAGGAGGAGAGGUCAGAGGUCAGGGAACCAACCAUCCCUCUGUCCAGGCACAGUCAAGCUAAACCUAGAGCUUCCUUCCAGCAGAUGAUGGACCAGCUGUCACAAGGAGAGGCCAAGUGUCAGGCCAUGAAUGGCAAACUCAAUGUAGACAUUCAGAGUGAGCUGUGGAGAGCCUCUCUUCCGCUGCAUGCAGGAAGCAAUGAAGAUGUGCAUGCUACUAUCAUUCCUGAGAUAGAGAGCCAGCUGUCUGCAGCAGAAAUGCGCUGUAACCUGCUGGAGAAACAGCUGGACUACAUGAGGAAAAUGGUCCAAAAUGCGGAGACUGAACGAAACAGGGCCAUGGACAGACAGGUGGCACUGGAGAGGGAGAGGGACACGUUUACCAGCAGAGAUGAGAAGACAGCAGUGCCAGACUUCUCCCCAGCUCACAGACAAGAAGCCCUUGGUAAGGCAGACAAACUUGCAGACCUGGAAAGGGAGCAGCAGAAGUUGUUAGCCAUGCAGACAUUAGCUGAGAACAAAAUCAAGGAGUUACAGGAGAGAUUGAAAGAAGAGCAGCACCAGAGAAAGCUGGUACAACAACGGACAGCAGAGCAUGUAAUGCCAGCAUGCCUGUGCCUGUUACAGCUACAAACACAAGCUGAGACUAACAGAAUUUUGUUAGAGGCUGCUUCUCCCAAAUCUUCACCCAAACCAAAGAAGAAGAAAGUGAAGAAAAAGAAAGUAUCCAAACAGCAGGUAUCUAACAGACCGCGGACACAGCCAGGAACACAUUACCGACUCAACCUGGGGGAUAUACCCUUUGUGGCAGGAAAGGCCACUACCCCUAGUCAUUCAUUAGGUGCUAAUGUACAGCGGGUAAUCGCCCUCAUGAAACGUCACAAUCCUGCGCUAUGCAAUGACCAGAUGGCCAAUCGGAAGACAGCGCGGAGGCUGCUGCCGUCAUCAGGAGAGUCGUCCACAGCGAGCGCGUCGGAGAGCGAGCUGUCUGACCUGCUGCAGGGACUUCAGGACGAGUUUGGACAAAUGAGCUUUGAGCACCAGGACCUGACACGGCAGAUCAGACAGGCAGACAACACGUUAGGACGGGAGGAUCUGGAGAGGGAACUGGAGCAGCUGGUCAAGAGAAUGGAGGCCAAAGGGGAACAAAUCGCAAAACUCAGGAAACACAAGACACAGCUAAAAAAAGACAGGUCUAGAUCCCGGUCAGCAGACAUGAAGUCCGUGGCCAUCCCGCUGUCAGACCAGACCAGCGAGGUGCAGGUUGUCACCACGGUCACCACUAAAGGCAGCGGAGCUGCGCCCGUCAGGGUCGUCCGUAACCCUGGUCAGGUGGAGGUCAAGCGGAAGAUGCUGAAGGACAUGCAGACUUUACAGACUUCCCUCCGCAGAGACGACUUGUACUGGGACUGCUGAUGCUGGGACUGAGAUUACUGUGGUUUAUGGUGUUCUGGGAACAAGAAGAUAAUUGGGACAUGGCACUUGCCGUACAUUAUGGUGAUAUCGGGUAGUAAACACAUCUUGUAGUGCCCUUAAGUGUUUUUUUUUGUUUCUAUACUGGUGUUUGUAUGCAUUCAAGUUUGAAGCGUUACUGAUUAAAAAUGUGUAAAAAUGUGAACAUGUGUAUGUUAGAACUCUUACUGAGUAUAUUUAGUUUUCUUGUCCUACUGUAGUGAAAUGUACUCGAAAUGAUGGAAUGUCUUGCCAGUGUGUGUGCGUAUAUACAUUUGUACAGAUUUUUAUUUAAAGUCCAUUUUUAAAAAUCUAUUUGUUUACAUUCAUAUCAUAUUCAGAGUUCUUGUACAAACACAUGUAUGAGAUACAUGUAGUAAGGAAAGUUUGAGUAUUCCAGCCAACAACGAUGAUAAUCCUGCAGCUCUAACAAUUAACUUAAAAGCAAAAACAAACAACUUCUGAAAUGAUAUUUGCUGUUGUAUAGUUUCUACCAAUUACAUAUGUGUGGGAUUCCUUCUUUGAGUAAGGGUAUUAGUUUCAUGUUAUUGUAGAUCUGCUCAAAAUUCUAGCACAAGUUUGGGGUGUAAAAGAUAGUAUUCACCGCAGCUGCUUAUGUUCCACAGAAUAUACAAUGUACAUGAAAUAGGCUCAUACAAGAAAACUUACUUACAUGUAUCCAACUCUCCUACUCAAAAGCAUCUAAUCGUUUUCUAGAUCUAGAACAGGCCCUUCCAGAGUCACAAAAGUUAUAAGGCAGCUUGCUACAAAAGUACUUCUGGUGUGCACUCACCUUAGCCUCUACCAGGCACCGCGGAUCGCUGGAAAAAUAGUAGAAAUUGGCCAAAAUAAAGGAAUAAUAUACCAGGAGAGAAGCCGGCCAGAAAAGAUCCAAUUUGCAACCCACACUACCUCCCCUGGUAUAUUAUUCCUUUAUUUUGGCCAAUUUCUACUAUUCUUCCAGCGAUCCGUGGUGCCUGGUAGAGGCUACACUCUACUGUACUUGAACAGAAAAUGAAAGCCAGCCAGAAAAGAGAUUCUCAGCUGUUUUCAGUAUCUUUCACUAUCCUAUCAGAAUAGACACAUUUUAUUGUGCUGAUAUUUUGUGAAAUCUAGGAAAUUGAUAAACAACUAGACAAUGCUGGUGAUCAGCAUAUUCUGAUACCUUUUAUAUUGUAGUACUUGUAGUUGGUGAGAAGUUGGGGGGAUUUUUGACAAGUCCAGGGAAAAUGCAGCAGAACCAUGAUCUUAUACAGUCAGCAUUGUUCACUGCUAAACCUUUUUGACAUAAGUGUGAGGAUAUUGCCUUGCAAUUGCAUAAUGAAAUGUUGCAGCUUUUAUGGGUAUAUUGUCUUGUUGAGCUUUUUAUAUACAUGUAUGAAUGAAGAAUCAAUAAAAAUAACAUCCAUG